UACCAAACAUAUCCAUAGGCAUAGUAAAAGGGGUGAUUUUGUAAAGAAAGAAGGAAGGAAGGAGAAGAGAAGGCUUUGUGUUGUCAGUUGCGUUCUUCCGCCAUCGUCAACGCAGCCGGAGUCAUGACCUCCGCCGAUACAUUCAAUGGAAACUCUGCACAAUCUGUGAAAGAAUCUGUUCCAGGGGCAAACCUGGAAGUAAAACAGGAUGUUACUGGUGAGUUUUUGGUACUUUUGGUUUUGUUCUGUGUUAAGAAUGCUAUUUUUCUUCUGUUGGAACUAUGUUUAUUUUUGAGAUUUAUGGUUAUUGUUGCUAAUGAAGUUACUCGUAUGCUCGUUGUUUAUCUAGAAGUAAAAGCUCAAGUUGAUGCUAUGUGGGAACAGAUGAAUAAAGGAGUAUCUAGUAAAGUGAUUAACGGUUUUAAAAGCAAGCCUAAAUCUCCUGCAAAAAGCACUCCGAAGAAGAGAUCUUCUAAUUGGAUGUCUUAUUUGGGGUUGGCACCAAAGGCAACCGAAUCUCCUGGGCAAUGUGCUCCUCAGAAUGGAUCUGGUGUGUCAGAAAACAGUGCAAGUGAUGAAGGCAAGAAGCUUGCUGCUGCUGCUCUUGCAGCAGUCAAAGAUGAUGCUGCCGCUUCUGCGUCAAGCAGGGGGAAACUUGUGAUUACUGAGGUUCGAGACUUUGCUGGUCAAGAAAUUGAAUAUAAAAAGCUCGUAGAUUCUGAUUCAAAGGAGGCAAUGGAACGAGCCAAAGCCCCUGCACCUUCUGCUGUGGAUGCUGUCCUUGAACAAAUCAAGAAGAAAUCAAAGCUCAGUGUACUUGAUAAGACCAAAAAGGACUGGGGAGAAUUUAAGGAAGAAAACAAGGGACUGGAAAAUGAGCUUGAUGCUUACAAGAAAAGUUCAAACCAGUAUUUGGAUAAGGUUUCCUUCUUGCAGCGAACAGAUUACCGUGAAUUUGAGCGAGAGAGAGAUGCACGACUGGCUUUGCAAUCCAGGAAGCGACCAGAUAUGCAAGAGGAUCCUAUGACUUGAAGGAAGUUCAAGCAUGGAGUUGCCACCUUCGUGAAUUAUUUAUGAUUUUGUCUUGAGUUGAUUAUCAGCUGUUGCUCGAAAUGUCUUCACCUCUCAAUAUGAAAAAGAUGUUUGAUCACAUUAGUGGGUGAUGAUGAUUUUGAAGUUCAAGAUUUAGAUUGCUUUCAAAUGAUGUGGUACUUGAUGUGGAUGAGGAAAACAUGUGACUAAUAUUCACAGGUGUAAAUUUUAGACUGACAUUUUGGUAAUUUGGUUAAUUCCAUGAAGAGAGCCUCAAAGAACAAGUCAUUCACAACUCCUUAAAGUACUGUUUACAUGAAUAAUUGUUUGUCCA